AUGGGUACCAACAAGAUCUUGUUUUUGCUCUUAAGUACAACACUUCUGGAUGCCACCUCAGUUGCAACAACCACGACGAGCCCAUAUACCACCACAACUCCAGCUGCAACAACCACGACGAGCCCAUAUACCACCACAACUCCAGCUGCAAUAACCACAACGAGCUCAUAUCCUACCACAUCUCCAGCUAGAAAAUAUUUUUGUGGUGGCUUAUUGUCAAGAUCCUCCGGAACAAUUCAGAGUCCUUUUUAUCCUUCAAAUUAUCCAGAUAAUGCAAAUUGUUUGUGGGAAAUACAAGUGAUGAAUAAUUUCCGCAUUAUGCUCACAUUUAGAAGGAUUCAGUUGCAAGGUGGAUGCCAGAAUGACUAUAUUGAGAUCUAUGAUGGGCCACCCAAUACUUCUCUGCUUCAAAGAAUUUGUUCUGGUUAUAACGUUACCUACACAUCAUCCUCAAACCUAAUGACCAUCAGGUUUCACAGUGACUCUAGAUAUUCAAGUAGCGGGUUUUAUGCUGAGUAUCAUACCUUUCCAGCAGAUCAGAAUACCACCCUUGUGUGCUUGCCAACAUACAUGCAAGCAGUUAUAGAGAGAAGCUAUCUCCAGUCACAGGGCUACUCACCGUGGAGCACCAGCUUGUCUGAUUCUUCUUGUAAACCAACAAUUACAUCGACUCAGGUUAUAUUCAAAAUUCCAUACAACAGCUGUGGUACACGUAGACAGGGCGACAAUGAAACGAUCACCUAUUCCAAUGUGAUAAAAGCAUCUAUUUCUGAUUCCAUCAUCAAGAGGCAAAAGGACCUUCAUUUGCACUUUAACUGCAAAAUGCUACAGAACACCUGGGUGCAAGUAAUGUACAUUGCUGAUGACGUUGUUAAUGUCACUGAAACCCAAUACAGUAGAUACCAUGUGAACCUGACAUUCUACAAUUCCUCAUCGUUCCUGUGGCCAGUGCAUGACUUUCCUUACUACGUUGACCUGAAUCAGGAUUUGUUCCUUCAAGCUUCUCUUUACAGCUCUGACACAAAUCUGGUGUUGUUCGUGGAUACAUGUGUGGCAUCACCUGAUCCUAAUAAUUUUACAACACUGAAUUAUGAAUUAAUCAGAAGUGGGUGUGUCAAAGAUUCUACCUACUCUACUCACUAUGCACCAUACAGAAAUGUCAGUCGGUUUGCCUUUAAUGCAUUUUCAUUUGUUGGACGAUACCCGUCAGUCUUCCUGCAGUGUGAGCUGGAGGUGUGCAGGCACAAUGACUAUUCUUCUCGCUGCUAUCAAGGCUGUGUUAACAGGUUCAAGAGGAAUGCAGGAUCUUCGCAGGAAAAAAUGAGUGUUAUUGUUGGACCUAUUCAACUUCAGGAGGCUCCCACUGAGAACAGAAAUGCUGGUAUUGAUCUGGCCUCUAACACCCAGGGGAGAGGGGAGUCUGAGAGCUCAGCGCCUGCUGCUAGCUCUCAUGUUCCUCUGGCUGUGACUGCCGUGGUGCUGGCAGCUGCCGUCCUCACCGUGGGAGGAUUUCUUCUGAAGCGCAAACUGCAGGAACCCACCCCGUACCAGAUAAUGUGAGAGGUGACCAAACAUCUGUAGGUGGAGGGUGGAAUUUGAACAUUUCAGCACAUCUCAACUGAGCUCCUACUUUGAUAGUCUGUCUCAGGAGACUGAUUUGGGUGGCUUGAGAAAGCAGUGAU